UACCCCUCCCUCCACAGUAGUCAGUGUUGAUCAGUGACGUCAUCAUAACUCUUCCGUUUGCUUGGCCAUAAAGAGCAAGGCGUUCAGUUGAAAACGAAUCAAAUUGUUCAAAAGAGUUAAAAACUCAAACGAGAAGGAUAUAACUUGUGUACAGAUCACCAGAAGGGUUAUUUGGCUCGUGGAUUAUAACCGUGUUUGAGUAAUACACAGAAUUUAGAUGAGGAGAUUUGAUAGUUUGAAAGGUUUCUUCCAGUAGACUUUAAAUGAAUACUUUGGUAUGGUUAGUGUUUCAAUCAUGGAGUUCAGUUGCAUUUGGGUACCUCUCUUAACCUACAAUGGCAAGUAACGUAAAUGUCAUUCAUCGAUCUAAUCGAGGAAGAACUGGACUUGAUGUCAAAGCGAAAACAGAUUCCGGAUGUUUUGUUGAUGAUGAAUUAGAAAAACAAAUUCAAGGAGAAAAAUCGCCGCCACGUAAAAAGGAUGAUUUAAAAAUUGCUAAAACCAAUAAUCAAGAUACGAAUAUCCUGAGAUUCGGUUCUUCUAAGAAAAGUACACAACUCGAAAAUUCUUCGGUGCCACAAAAUGUGGUCGAAGGCGAAGAGAUGAGUCGAGGGAGCGAAAGUCCCAAGAAUAAGGAGAUUCAAGAUGAUUUGCAAGGCGAUAUAGACUUUGAAAGAUCGCUCGAAAAUACCGAACCAAGAGAAGAUUUCUAUUGUUUGUACUAUAGUGAUUCGCCAAAUGGAAGUUUGACAGGAAGUAAAGACAAGAGCAACUACGACCAAGAGGGUGAUAACAUUGGUGCAACAGCUGAAGAGCUUUUGAAGAAAAUAAAAGAAGAUGCUCUUAAGGGUAGUCCAAAUGCCCAAGACGUUGAGGUACAAAAAUUUGGGUUCGACCAACCGCCUCCUAUUGCCCCUAAACCAAAGCGAUCUUCCAAGCAACAAAAUAACUCUAAUAUCAGUGGAAUAGAUCCUAUCCUUGCCGAGUUAGAAAUGCUUGGGUCGGCAGUUGGAAGAGAUUUUACAAGCGUGGAGACAGAUGACAGGGACGAGGGUCUGCUUUCAAAUGCAGUGAAGGGACUGCAUGUUGCCGAAACUCCCGAGGAAUGUUUUGAUAAGUUCGGUGACAUUCAAACAGCAUUGAACGAAAACAUUCCAGAUACUUUGGAGAGGAGUAAGGCAAGAAGCAAGAAAGAUGCACCAAGACGAAAAAGUCUUCCAGAAGAGAAUAAACCAGAAAAUCCUAGUGAAUCCAGAAAGGGUGAAGAAAAAGGAAGCAGUCAGAAUGGCAAAAUAGCUGAGUCACCAAAACUCGGAAAAACGAAAUUACAGCCAAAGAAAUUUUCGAGGUCAGAAAUUCAAUCAUUGAAUUCCAUGAGAGAAGAUUCGCAUCAUAAGCGUAGCCACUUGAAUGCUGAUAACUCUAAACCAGUUCCUACCAGAUCUGAAACUUAUAAACUUAACAGACCUGACGUGUCUAAGCAGUUAUCAGAGAGAGGUGACUCCAACAAAGCAAACGUAAGAAAAGAUCCGAAACUGACUUCUCCAAAAGUAGGAAAGCCCUCUCCCAAGAAAGCAGGAUCAAAAGAUGUCGCAAAGAAGCGGGAACGGCUUGAACUUCGUUCUGGUAGAAGAAGGAGAAGUGGAGACUUGACUUCUAUACCUGAGAAUGCUGUGAUGGAUGAUGGGAAGGAAAGACGAAAAAGUGAUGCGGCCAUUCCAUUAGCCAAAGGAGAAGAAGAUCUUUCGUCCGAAGAGGAAGAUCUCAUAAAUGAUGAAGACACGCCUUCAGAGAGGACCAUCGAGGAAAAGUUACCUCCACGGUCGUCAUACCUGACACCUACGUGUAAUGGAGAAACAAGUGUUGUAUCUACAUCUAGAACCAACUUUACCUGUUCAACAACAACAUCUUCCAAUACUCGUACCAAUAUUGAGGGAAUGACUCGUUCGUUACCCUCUCAAAGAGAAGAAAAGACUGUGCCGUCAAACACGUCAUUCACACCACGCCCUUUCAAGCAACCAGGUCGCUUUUACAAUUAUCGAGGUCGUGAUCAUCUUUCCGACGGAUGGACUUCUGAAUCCACUGCAGGUUAUUCGAGCGAGUGUUCCGCUAAUGAUGCUGAUGAUGAGGGCGAUAAACAAGUUGAACUUGAACUAACCGAGAACCUACAGGCGUAUGACGAUCCGAACGACAUUGUUGACAUGACUUUUGGAUCACAGAUGGACGACCAUCCUGAAAUCGAAGAACCUUAUGUCUUUGGUGAAGAACCUUUUCAACAGGCAGAAAGAAAUGAUUUCGUUGAAGCCACGGACGCAGCUCCGAUGUACUAUUAUCCAGAAGGAUCCCAAGAGGAAAUUGGAGAUGGUGAAUUUGCUUUUCCAAGAGUUCUUUCGAUGCAAGAUACGGUGGGCAUUCCUGACUUGUAUGAACAUUACCAAAGCGAAGAUGGAGCUUACCCUGGAACCAGUCAUUCCGACUUGGUGUUUCCAUGUGCUGAUAAUAACCUACGAAGGCAGACUGUUAGAAAAAGCACAAGUGAAGAGCACGUCCAACCCAGUGCUACCAAGAAACCAAACAAAUUCCAGAAAGAGGAAGGUCCAGACCCAAGCGGUUUCAUGACGGUUGAAGAUAUAAAAAGGUUGAUUUUCCAAGGAGCAAAGCCCUCGAUCCCAAGAUCAACAUCCUGUUAUGGAAUCUCAAGUUCUCGGAGACGAUCACAAGAGCAGGAAGUAUUCCAACGGCGAUCCUGGUCUGGAUACGGCUCGCAGCAACAGCAGGAGCCGGGUAUCGAUCCACUGGUAAGAAACUUUCCUCAGAAAUCCCAGUCAUCUCAAAGGUUACCUAAGGGACAGAAAUCCCCUUACGUAAGGACAAUUCAGCCACAGAGGCCAACGCCUCAGCUUGGUUACUAUAGUGAUACUCAGUUGAACACUGUCGAUCAGGAAGAAGAAAGAUUUCUAGAACCUUCUAGGUCAUUCCAUAGAACACCUCUUCAACGCCGAGCAUAUUCUUUGGAAACGUACCACUCUGAUAAUAGUAUACCAGAUGAAGUAAGUUCUCCUGUUGUACGACAGUCCGAUAGAUCUCACUUACUCGUCAGAAGUGCAUCUGACUGUUCUGCUAAUUAUAGCCAAAGACAGCCUUAUGGUCAACUGCAGAGCCCACCAAGUAACAGGUCACCAAUGCCACAAUACAUUGACACUAAAGAACUGGCAAACCUCGUUUCUUCUCGUUCUUCUUAUGCCAGUGGUCGAGGCAACGUCGUCACACCACCUCAGCGGCCAUACAUGAAUCCUCAUGGCGCACAAUAUCAGAUACCACAAAGUCAACGUGGUGAUACACCUUCUUUACCUCGAUAUUCUUCGGAAGAACUUCGCAUCCAGGCUCUUCGGCGAGCUUCUCAACGAAGCAGUGACAGUGAUUCUGAAGUUUCUGUCCACAUUGGUCUUCCGGCGAGAUCAAAUGUGGACCCUCCUAGCCACCAAUUGAAAUUAGGUGUUGUGAACUCACCUACGCAAAAGACUCUAUCCGAGAGAUUUUCCGAAGUUCCUCAAAGAGUCACUUUCGAGGAGUUAGCGGAAAAGCUCAAUCUUAGUUCUGAUUCGUCUGAGGAAGAUGAAAUUGAUUAUGGGAGCGUGAAUGGAAAGGCAGAUUCUGAGUUUGGUGCUGAUUUAGAGUUUGAUAAUGGGGAUUACUUUGACGACAAGAACAUGAUCGUCGGUGAAGCUUUGAGACUCAAGAAAGUACUUGGUCAGUCUGUACCUGAACAAGAUCCUGAAUUAGAGACCCUAGUGACAGCUACCACAGAUCCAAAAUUACCUGAACCUCCCCAAUCCGUUUACGAAGCGACAUCUCCCAAGAGUUCGGUUAGGCAACCAAGUGAUGCAUUAGUAUUUGAAAGUCCACCGCCUUACCAUGAAGUAAGACGAAAGACAUCAGAAACAUCGGGAUCAGAGUCAUGCGGUAUCACAUUAGUAUACGAUGUGCCACCUCUUUAUGAGUCAGAGACUGAAAGUCACCCAGAGAGUACCAAGAUGAAGGAGAAACUGAGGGUAGAUUUACGGGAUGAAACGAAAGAACAUCUUCAGUUACUUGAAAGAAGAGACUCAGAGACUCAGACGAAUGGGGGACAGCAACCAACUGAAAAGGCCAUCUCAGCAGAGGAACUCCUCAAAUUGCUUCUGAACGCCAGUCAAGGUAAUUUGGAAAAAACAAAUGCACCCCCUUCUUCACAAGCUAAAUCUCAGCAACUGGUUCAAAAUCUUUAUUUCCCAAAGCCUCAAACUAAGGCCGCAAGCACGGGGAAUAUCCAUUCCGAAGAAAAGUUUCCUGGUCACGUUGCACAGCUCUAUGGGAACUCAGAUUUAAAUAGUGCCAGGAGCUCCCUAAGGCGACGGCUACCAGAGCCACAGCGACCUACUUGUCAUAAAAGUCAAGAAUGUAUAAGAUACAAGCACAGGCUGAACAGACCGGUUGGUGGGGUUCUGCAAGCAAAAAUGAUAGGGUCUGAGGCAAACACAAAGAAACAAUCGAAACGCAUCUUUGAAGAGGAAGUCGAUUGUAUGAAGACCAAAGGCGCUUUCGGUUUUAGUUCCGGAGAGAUAUCUACGUCAGGCUCAUCGAUAGACGAUGUGGAAAAUAAAAAGGACAGACUAACUAGUGUCUCCUUUGUUGGUUGCGAAGAUACCAAAGAGAUUGAGACUUUGCCAAAAGUGAAAUUUUCUUCUCAGCGAAAGAGAACAAAAGCAAGAACUGGGUAUUUGUCAGAUCAAGAUAUCCCUACUGCUGUACAAAAUGGCGGCGAUAAGGAGAUCAGAUUCAAAAGAUCAUCAGAGGGUUUGAAUGGUGAAAAUAUUAGGCACAUUGAGCAGGCCAUGGUUCAGAAACCAAGUGAAAACAAAUACCGGGACUCUAAAUAUGAAAAACAAUCUUUACGUAAAGAAAUGCCCUGCUCCGAAGACAAGGAUGUUCAGAAGAUCAAAGAUCAAAAUAGACCUGAAAUCAUUGACCUGAGAUCUUACAAUGAUAAAGAAAAUGAAAGCCAGGAAAGAAGCGACAAUUCUGACUACGCUGUACACGAAUUUCCUCAUGACAAUCGUCCAAGUCCAAACAGUGUUAAUGUUUUCAUUGACUACAACAAGAAAAAUGUGAUGAAGAUCACUACAAGUACACCAAAGGUCCACCAUGCAAAACUUGUCACUCCAACACCACAAGGGAUUAGUCCCGUUUCAAAUGCAACAAACUGCAAAACAUCUUCUCCGCAUGAGAACGGCUGUAGUUACGGCGAAGAAGAGUUCCCACCAAGGUAUGAAACUAGUCCACCAAUUGACCGGUCGUCGUCGGUGUAUUCAUCUGAUGACGAAAAGUUCUUUGGAAGUAGUGACACAGUAGUGUUUGUGGACAAAACUGCUGAGAAAUCUAGUGUUAAGCCAAAUGUGGAUAACACGACGGUUGUAGUCCAAGAUCAGGGAGCUUCGUCCAGUAAUGGCGAUCGCAGUGCCCAGAAUGAUGAAGCUGCCAAAGCUCAAGAGUAUUGCGAGCGUGUGGAUUUCCUUCUGCAAGAAGUCAGGUCUUCACUUGACCUUGACUCUAUUGGGUCGGAUUUGUUGGAUCAAGCCAUGGAACGUGUGAAAGACAAGUUGUCGCCUCGUUCCUCCCAAAACCAGGGCAGAGGAAGCAUUACAAUGGAAGCAUUCGUUGCCUUACACCAAGCUGAUGAACUGCAAGCGAUAAUAAAUGAAAUAAAGGGUGAACUUUGGAUUCUACAGCAAGAAAACACUCUUCUUAAAGAAAAGGUUGUGUCACUUCAACAUGGGGAAGCAUGCAGUUCUAGUGAGUCCACAGAGGACAGUUUAACAGAGUCCGCUGAACGAAUYGAUUCAAUAAGAAGGCAGAUCGCUGCUGUUGCUGCUAGUAAAAAGAGAGCUUCUGAGUGUGAGGAUACUGAGCUCAUAUCUGUAGACGUCUUCUUGAAAGGAUUUGGAUGCGCACUUGCUGUGAGACAUUCCAAGAAAAUGAAUGUUAAGUUGGGCACUGUCAAAGUGAGAGGAGGUACUGACUGGGGUGGAGUCUACGAUGCUGCAAAAGCUACCUUUCUGGACCAUGUAAAGCGUAUCGAUCCCUGCUCGUGUUUAGGACUGGGUCCUACCAGUAUGUACGGCGCACAGAUAGGAGCCACUAUGUUGACCCCAGAAACUUUAAGAAGGAAAGAUCCACGUGUUGAAAUCUCACGAAAAUGCAAUUCAUGUGUUAUUCAGCUUAAAGAUGGGAUGAGUGAGACAUUCGAUACCCUUGUCUACGAAACUCUUAUUCCACGACAUGUAGUCGAGAGUUUCAUUCAUCAAAUUCUUGAAAAUCGUUUCAUCGUCCUGUGUGGUGCUGCAGGUCUUGGAAAAACGUUUUUGGCAACAAAGCUUGCAGAACAUUUAGCUCAAAGGUUUGGAUCCAAAAAUGAAUCCCCAGUUUUGACGCUUGCAGUUGGGCAAACGAGUCGAAAGGAGUUAAAGAAAACCCUUGCGGACCUCAUGAAGUGUGACAUCUCAUCACCGUCGCAUGGGGUUCCUGUGGUGGUUGUCUUGGACCAACUUGACUGUCUAGCUUCACUUGCAGACAUCUUCGACCCCAAGCAGCUAGAGGGUAAUCGUAAUAGUCCCUUUAUUAUUGGAGUACGUAACAAGAGCAAAAAGGGACCUUUUUCUUCCAAAGAUCUUGCUGUCUACAAAUACUUUAGGUGGAUUCAAUUGGCUGUCCACGAUCCUUUCGUACUUGGUUUACUGGAAAGAUUUCUGAGACGGAAAUUAAGCUGGGCCGAUGAUGUCGAAGACGAGGAAGACUUGCUUGAUCUUUUCUUGUGGUUGACACACGUCUGGCAGAGAAUAAACCAAAUCCUACAAUCUUACGUUGACAUCGAUGUUACAAUCGGUCCAUCAGUGUUCUAUUCUUGUCCCAUGGAUAUGUGUGCUGCUGAAGGAUGGUUCGCUAACGUUUGGAACUACACUAUCAUACCAUACCUGCACCAAAACCUAAGAAACUCAAGCAAGAUUUAUGAGCGCAAUGAACCCUGGGAGUGCCCCACUAAGUGGGUCAUAAUGCGGUGGCCCUGGAACCGAGACAAGAGCAAAGUUCUUGGCUCGUUAAAGAAACUGAGACAAGUUGAUAUUGUAUUGAACAGAAAUCAGCAAUCACCUAAAGGAAACACAAAGGGAUCGCAAUCAAAAAUGCGCAAGCAGUUGUUGUCAUCUAAACUCGCGAAGAACCCAUCCCCAAGCAAGGCUGGUAGUCUAGAGUCCUGGUCUACAGCCGACUGGGAUGCAGUGUCAAUGACAUCUGAUGUGGAGAGCAUUGCUUCAUCCACCCUCUAGGUUGCGUCUCAUAAUAAGAAUGUCUCCAGUGCAUUCAGCCACUAGUAUCCAAUCGUCCUAUUCGAGACACCAGUGCCACAGCAUUGAAUUGUUUCACGAUAGGAUUUUAACUUAAAAGUUGCACAAAUACGGGCAACAAAAUCUCGCGAAUUCCAUCGACCUUGUUGCAUGCUUAAGGAAUGUUGCUAUGAUCAUGAGACGUGCAACAGAUGUUCUUUGAACGUCUCACUGCUCAGUUUGUUUUGCAGUAUAGGGGGGAAAAGAUCGCGCGCRGAGUGCCGACUAGUCUCCCCCACAGCCGCUUUCAGUGUCGUCACGCAUGAAAGCGUUGCGUGACGACACUGAAAGCGGCUGUGGGGGAGACUAAGUGCCGACUUGUGCACGAUUUAUUUCCAAUAGCGGUGAACGUAUGUAUCGGGUAAUUUUAUGUUUUAUUUUACAUUUAUACCAAUAUAUUAAAACUAUCCAAUGCGAUGUUUCCAUCCAAGUUGACAUAAUUCAAACUUAUGGAUGCAUUCUUAACUUAAUAUCUGUAGGAAGCUAAUCAAUCAAAGACAAAGGAAAAUCACUGGUAAUUUUCCCUUGAUCCCAGGAGAAUUAUUUACAAAGAUAUAAAACUGUCCUUAAUCUAAGAUCAAAGCUGCACAAAAAAUGAUCUAGAUUUUUAAAAUGGAUUGGGACUGUAGUAAUGUCAUCAAGUAGUUUAUAGAGCCCCAUCUACUAAACAUAUAAAGUUUUUUGGUAAUAAUCAUUAUGCUAAACAAUGUUUAAACAGACCUGUCUCAUCACUGUUGUCCCAUAAAAUCUUAAUUAUUUUCAUGACUUUUCAGAAUACUUCAAAACCUUAUCAGUCGGUGCCCUUCAUAUUUUUGACUGUCGUCAGCGAAAACCAAAUUUCAGGGUGCAGCUCGUAGACACAGAGUUUGCAUGUUUGUGAAAAUGGCAGUAAAAGCUCAGAGAAAUUUUUUGAAAUCCGAAAUUUGACAAUAUGAGACAAAAUUGGUUCAAUCGCAUAAAUUGUUUAUAUAUCAUAAUCCAUCUAUAUUUUUAGCCAUAUAUUGUAAUAUGUGAUGUUAAUACAUUGCCUAUAUAUUUCUCUCAUAAAAUUUUGAAUAAUAAAUAUUAAUAAGUUUUAAUAUUUUUGGACAAGAACUCUCAUAAUCAAUAUCCAACAAAAAUGACAAAUAUCAUAUAAGUUUUCUUCCUUUUGUAGAAUCUACUGAGCCAAGCAUUGAACUAAGCUUGGUGUAAAAUAGGGCGAAGAUGCCAUUGACUGUAGAUUAACAUGUAGAAAAUCAUGACUGGGCGAAAACUCGAGCCAAAAUUCAUAAAUUUUAUAUUCGAACGUGACUUACAUACAUUUAUGUAAUACAUUAUACAUUAUUUUAAUAAUUUUUAAAUGUAAUAAAAAACCAUUAUAUUCCUGUUA